AUGGGUGACGCAACUCCAUCCAAGGGGGACGCUACUCCCUCCAAGUAUGAGCCUUUCACAGAUUAUUAUCUUCAUCCUAGUGAGGGUUCCCAGUUAGUUAUUUGCCCCGUCUUGCUUACCGUGGACAAUUAUGAAGAGUGGUCCCGAUCCAUUCGCAAUAACCUGCGCUCCAAGAGCAAGCUCGGCUUCGUGGACGGUACUAUCUCUAAGCCUGCUGCCACAUCUCCGGAUUAUCGUCAGUGGGGUAUUGUUAAUUCUACUCUUGUUGCUUGGAUUUUUAAUACAAUUGAUUCUAGUAUUCGUUCCACUAUCAUUAUUCCUGAUGAUGCAAAAAUAUUGUGGGAUGACUUGCGGGAUCGUUAUUCUCUUGGUAACGGUCCCCGCAUUCUUGAGAUUAAGAAUGCUAUUGCUGAUUGUAAACAACGCGGUCGUUCUGUUGCAAUUUAUUAUGGUGAAUUAAAUAAACUGCAAAAUCUGUUGUCUAGUUACUUGAAAUUGCCUGCUUGUACUUGCUCCGCUGCUGCUGAAUAUGCUAGAAUGCAUGAAACUGCGAUGUUGCAUCAGUUUUGUAUUGGUUUGGAUUCCCAGAAGUUUGGGUCCGUUGUGUCUACGUUGUUGAUGAGUGAUCCUUUGCCUACUAUGAAUGCUGCUUAUGCUAAAAUUAUUGCUGAUGAGCGUAAGCAGUCUGUGUCUGCGGCUCAGGAGGCCACUUCUGCUACUUCUGUUGGUUUCAGUGCUACUGGUUCUGCUUCUGGUCGGUCUUCGGAUCGCCUGGAAUGUAGUCACUGUAAACGGGUUGGUCAUGAUAAAGACCAUUGUUAUUCGCUUCAUGGUUUUCCUGAUGGGGGUCGUGGUGGCCGUAGUGGCCGUGGUGGUCGAGGCGGUCGUGGCGGCCGGUCGACUGGUAAAGGCAGGGGUGAUUUUGCUGGUUCCGUUGGUAGUACUGCUCGUGGCGCCAAUGAGCAAGUUUCUGAUUCUGAUCGUGGGAGUGUUCCUACGCUUUCUGAUACUCAAUGGAAGGAGCUACUGGCUGCCUUAAAGGGUUCCAAGUCUGGUUCUGCUUCGGAUAACACUAAACUUGGUACGUUUAACUCUAUUGAGUGGCUCAUUGACACUGGCGCUUCGAAUCACAUGUCUGGUAACAUUGAUUUAUUUACUUGUUUGUCUGAUAUUUCUUCGCCUGUUGGUUUGCCUAACGGCAAAAGCACGACUGCCACUAAAGAAGGCCGGGUUAUUUUGUCUGAUGGACCGCAAUUUGAGGAACCUGAUUGGAGCGGGGAGCAGUGUGAUGGGGUCUAUAUUUUUCGUCCUGUUCGUGCUCGGAAUCUGCAGGCGCAUAGAGUAGUUGUUUCAGAUGCUAGUUUGUUGUGGCAUCGGCGGCUCGGGCAUCCGUCAAUGCAAGUUGUUUGUUCUCUUCCGGGUGUUACUAGUAGUCAUCAUAGUACUUCUGGUUCAAGUUGUUUGUUUGAUUGUGACAUUUGUUUUAUGGGGAAGCAACCCCGAAACUCUUUUCCAUUAAGUUCCAAUAAAGCAUCUGAUAUUUUUGACUUAAUACAUUGUGAUAUUUGGGGUCCGAAUAAAAUUGCGUCUAGUUGUGAUGCACGUUAUUUUUUAACCAUUGUUGAUGAUUUUUCUCGUGCUACCUGGGUUUUCUUGAUGGUUGGUAAAUAUGACACUGCUCCAUUGAUUCGUGAGUUUUGUGCUAUGGUUGAGACGCAAUUUCACCGCACAGUUAAAGUGGUGCGCAGUGAUAAUGGACAAGAGUUUCUCGGUUUGGGCUCAUUUUUUGCUGCUAAGGGUAUUUUACAUCAGACGUCGUGUGUUGACACGGCACAACAAAAUGGCAGGGUGGAGCGUAAACAUCGUCAUAUUUUGAAUGUGGCUCGCGCCUACGGUUUCAAGCCAAGCUUCCUAAGUAUUUUUGGGCCCGGUCUUGGUCCUAGUGAUACAUCGUCGGUUGGUGAUGGUGGUAAUACUACAGGGUUAUCUGAAUUGAGGGGGAGUUCAUCAACGGGUGAUCGUCGUAGUGAUCGUGAGAAACGUCCUCCUUCGUGGCAUCGUCAUUAUGUUAUCAAUACUGUUCUUACGGCAAAUAUAGACCCCUCUCCAUCAUCUGUUGCUCCCACUCCUUCUUGUUCUUCAGGAAAGGAGCCGUCUUCUUUCAAAGAGGCGGUUAAGCAUGAGGCCUGGCGUCAGGCGAUGCAAGCUGAACUUGAUGCUCUUGAGCGUAAUGGUACUUGGACCAUUGUCGACCUUCCUCCUGGUAAGAAGGCGAUUGGUAGUGGCUGGGCACCCAGACAAUGGUUCUCAAAACUGUCUACUGCUCUGCGGAAUUUUGGCUUUAAGAAUUCCUACGCUGAUUACUCUCUGUUCAGCUAUGUCCAGGGCAGUGUUUCGUUGCAUGUUCUUGUCUACGUCGAUGAUUUGAUUAUUGCCGGGUCUUCUCAUGACGCCAUUCUUCGGUUUAAGACAUAUCUGUCUCAGUGUUUCUUCAUGAAGGAUUUGGGUGUGCUUAAGGGGCCGUUCGCGUAUCCAGAUCAAUAUCGUCGGUUGGUUGGUCGGUUGGUUUACCUCUCUGUCACUCGGCCGGAGUUGAGUUACUCGGUGCAUGUUUUGGCUCAAUUCUUGAGUGAUCCCCAGGUUUCUCACUGGGAUGCAGCCCUGCGUGUCUUGCGUUACCUUAAGGGUAGUCCGGGUCAAGGCAUUUUGUUACGCCCUAUGCCAGAUUUACGAUUGACUGCUUUUUGUGACAGUGAUUGGGCCGCUUGCCCGUUGACUCGGCGCUCUUUGACUGGCUAUCUUGUUUUCUUGGGUCGUUCUCCAGUUUCUUGGAAGACUAAGAAACAACCCACCGUCUCUCGCUCUUCCGCUGAGGCCGAGUACCGUUCUAUGGCUGUCACCACUUGUGAGUUGAAGUGGUUGAAAGCUCUCCUGUGUUCUCUUGGCAUCGAUCACUCUAAACCUAUGCAGUUGUUUUGUGACAGUCAGUCUGCUCUUCAUAUCGCCAAGAAUCCGGUGUUCCAUGAUCGUACGAAACAUAUUGAGGUCGACUGUCAUUUUGUUCGGGAUGAGUUGUUAAAGGGUAAUGUCUCCACCUCCUAUGUCUCGACGACUCAUCAAUUGGCGGAUAUUCUUACGAAGGCCCUUGGCCGUCAACAGUUUGGUUUUCUCUUACGCAAGUUGGGCAUUCGUGAUUUACAUGCUCCAACUUGA